AUGGUCGCUGCACACCAUUCGGCCUCAGAUGCCGGCCAAUACCAAGAUCAUCCAGAUGCACCUCUGCCGAUCCGGGUGGAUCAGUCGGCCGCGAACUCCAUAUCAGAGCAGGGAUCGUCGUCAACGCGAACGAUAACCCAGGAAGAGUAUGAACAUGACUACGUCUGUGAAAGUGCCAGUGAAGCCGAUACAGAACCAGCAUUGGCUCAAUCAGAACCACGUCCUAUCGAGGAUGACGAUGCCGCCGAAGCUAUUGCCGCGGCUUCGCGACCCCGCCAUGCAUGGCAGGUAUGGUGGUUGCGCAAUAAGGGUAUGGGCCUUGUCCUGCUGGCUCAGGCUUUCGCUGCCUCGAUGAAUGUCAUGACGCAGGUCUUGGAGAUUCAUAGCUCUAUGCAUCCUUUCCAGAUCCUCUUCGCCCGCAUGUCCAUAACAGCAGUCGCAAGCUACCUAUAUAUGUACUUCGCCUCAACACCCUCCCCACUAGGCACCCGCCCAGUCCGCGGUCUCCUCCUCCUCCGCGCCCUCUUCGGCUUCACGGGCGUCUACGGCCUCUACUACUCCGUCCAAUACCUCCCCCUCUCCGAAGCAACAGUAAUAACCUUCCUCUCGCCCAUAAUCUCCUGCUACGCCUGCUCCCUCCUCAUCCCUGGCGAGACCUUUUCCAAGAAACAGCUGCUCGCAGGCCUGAUCUCUCUCGGUGGCGUCGUGCUCAUCGCCCGGCCCUUCAGCACGCGCGACCCACACACCGCAAUCGCAACACCAACCGCUGCCGCCGCUUGGGCACUCGGUCUAUCUGUUUCGGAUGAUGAGAAACCUCCCUCCGACGCGGACUCCUACCACCAUGUCAUGGCGACUAUCGUCGCUUUGGUUGGUGUGCUUGGCGCUUCAGGAGCAUACACUUCUAUCCGUAUGAUCGGUCGUCGUGCGCACCCUCUUGUAUCGGUCACAUACUUCUCGUCUGUCACGACGGUUAUUUCGCUCGUUGCGAUGAUGGUCGUGCCAUCUGUGCCGUUCCGGAUUCCUGGUACAGUUGUUGAGUGGACACUGUUGAUUGGGUUAGGUGUCUGCGGGUUCUUAUUGCAGUUUUUGUUGACGGCGGGAUUGUCGUAUGUUCCGCCUGCGUGGGUCUCGGAAGGGAAGCCUGUGGCGCAGGGGGCACGUGCUUCAUCGAUGAUUUAUAUGCAAAUGCUCUUUGCUGUGUUUUAUGAUAAGGUUGUUUGGGGAAGUACGCUUAGUCCGCUUAGUUGGGUUGGAUCUGGGAUUAUUUUGGUUUGUGCGGUUUACGUGGCUCUUAUGCACGAGAAGCCUGUUCCACAGAGUGAGGAUGGGAAUGGGGAGUAUCAUGAUGUGGGGGGAUACAAGGACGCCACUGACGAAGAGAGACAGGUUCAGGGGAAUUGA